CCACUGGCCUCCAUUGUUGGAGAAUUCAAUGGCAUUGACACAGCCGAAGUGGCCCAGGAGGUCCUUCUUGUAGAGGUUCCUGCAGCCCCGCAGGCGUCGCCGCUGGAAGUCGUGGCACGGUGUACUCCAUGUUUAACAUCUGAUGCUGUGUGAGGGCAACGGGAGCAUCACCUGGCAAGUGGCUGCAGUCCCACGCACAUGAGAUGAGAUAACUCUGAAAAAAACGUGGGAGGAUAAAAGCAGAAGACCAAGGAUAAAGCUCUGUGACGCAGCAUGAGGAGAAUCUGUCUAAGAACACUUGGAAGGAAGGCUAAAUAGGUAGAACAAGAUUUAAAGUGAAGCAUGCUUCAUUGUGUCAGGUCAAAGACGAGUUCGUUUGGCUCCCGUUGAGUUUCCUGUUGAGUGCCAAAAUCAGCACAAGCCAGUCAGGAGCGCGUAGCAGGGAGCAAAGAUUGAGGAGAUCUAGGGGAUGUCACUUUCUCAGCAACCAUGAGCUGGGGCCAACUUACUUUAUCUUCUGGAACUCAGCCACUGAGGCCAUGAUAAAACCCCACCGCGCCGCUUGGAGAGGCUGAAGCGCAGCGUUACGAAAUGCCCAGGCAGGCGGCAGUGCCCGUGGCUCUGGCGGCCCUGCUGGGCAUCGCCGCGGGCGGGCUGGUUCUGUGGAAGGCCGCCCAGCGCCGGAGGGGCACAGCGCCCAGCGGGACACUGCGGGACGGGGCGGCGGGGGAGCGGCGGGAUGGGAAAGAGAGCGAGGCGGCGGGCAGGGAAGAGCUGCCCCUGUUCGCAUCCCCCGGCCUUUCCUGCGUGGAGAGGAGCCUCGUCGCCGAUAUAGCGAUCGUGUCGGAGCGGCAGGAGUGGGAACGGGUGGAGCCUUUGCUGAAGAAGGAGCUGGAGAAGUGGCCGGUGCUUGGGAUGGACUGCGAGUGGGUGUCUGUGGAAGGAAAAGCUAAUCCCGUAUCCCUCCUACAGAUUGCUUCUUCCAGUGGCCUUUGUGUUCUCAUUCGGCUGCCCAGGCUUGUUGCCAAUGGACAGCCUGUCCCAAAGACCCUGCUGGACAUCAUGGCAGAUGAUGCUGUGUUGAAAGUGGGAGUAGGAUGCUGGGAAGACGCUUGCAAGUUACUUCAGGAUUAUAGUCUUCCAGUCAAAGGGAGCGUGGAUCUCCGAUACUUAGCCAUGAGGCAGCGGAAGGAUCUACUUCACAACUGCCUUAGCCUUAAGUCUUUAGCUGAAAAAGUCCUGAACUGCCCACUUGACAAGUCUCCUCAUACGCGUUGCAGCAACUGGGAGGCAGAAGAACUGACACAAGAUCAGGUUCUCUAUGCUGCUAGGGAUGCCCAGGUGUCAGUGGCUCUAUUCCUCCAUUUGCUGGGAUUUGCCUGUCUCCCUGCUACGUCCAAAGGUGAAAAUUCUGUUUCUGUUUGGGAAAAAGUAUUGAGUAAAUGCCAAGGCUUGGUGGAUAUCCCAUUUAAAGGGAGAAAAAGUGGCAGCACAGGAGAGGACAAGAGUGGAGAGGCACGUUCUCCUCAGAAAGGAAAGAAUCGGAAAUCUUUGGUGAAUGUCCAUUCUUCUGGCAGUCAGCAAAUGAGAGAUCCUCGGAGGCAGAAGCGAAAGCCUCUGGGUGUGGGAUAUUCUGCAAGAAAAUCUCCACUGUAUGACAAUUGCUUCCUGCAUGCACCAGAUGGACAGCCCUUGUGCACUUGUGAUCGCAAGAAAGCUCAGUGGUAUCUGGACAAGGGGAUUGGAGAUCUAGUUAGCACAGACCCAUUUGUUGUGAAGCUACGGUUUGAGCCUUCAGGACGUCCUGAGUCUGAAGUUGAUUAUUAUCUGAUGGUUAAAGAAAACCUGUGUGUUGUAUGUGGCAAACGGGAGUCCUAUAUCCGGAAGAACAUUGUUCCUCAUGAGUACCGAAGGCACUUCCCCAUUCAGAUGAAGGACCACAACUCCCAUGACGUGCUCCUGCUCUGCACCUCCUGCCAUGCCGUCUCCAAUUACUAUGACAACCAUCUCAAGCAGCAGCUGGCUGAGGAGUUUGGUGCUCCCAUUGGCUCUGAGGAAGGAGUCCGUCUGCUGGAGGACCCUCUGCGCCGACAGGUGCGCUCCGGGGCCCGAGCUCUGCUGAAUGCAGACAGCCUGCCAGACCCUCGAAAGGCAGAACUCCUGCAAGGCAUCAAGGACUUCUUUAACGUGGAAGCUGUGACCCCAGAGAUGCUGCAGGAAGCAGCUGGUCUGGAAACCAGGAUCUGCAAUGAGAGCUACGUGCCACAUGGACUGAAGGUGGUACAGUGUUGUGCUAGAGGAGGCCUGCGCUCCCUUAUGCAGUUGGAGAGACGCUGGCGGCAGCAUUUCUUGGACAGCAUGCAGCCCAAACACCUCCCAGAGCAGUGGUCGGUGGACCACAACCACACAAAGCUGAUCCGAAAGUAUGGGGAGGAUCUUCAGAUCGAGCUGUCGUGAAACUAACUUCCUGGACUUAAGAUAGUGACUAAUGGACGUAUGUAACUGAACGUGGAAAGACUACUUUUAUUUCUGUUUCUCCACUAACAUCGGAGCCUGGCUUUGUGUGCAGGCAGCAGUGGGUCUGCCAGAGUUGACAUUUUACCAAGAGUUAAUCCGCUGACUUGAAUUUUAUCAGUUGGUUUGGAAUUUUUAAUCCUAGACUGUCACUGGAUAGUUCAGUGCAGGAGUGAUAUGCUAAAGGAAUUUUUCUGCUCCACUUGAUUAUUGGGAGUUAUUUUCUAUCCUUGGGAUGUCUGGUACCUCCAGACCAUCUCUUUUAACAUAGAACACGAUGUAUGAACAUUUCCAGGUUUUCAAGAGAUAGAUGUGCACCUUGGCUGCACCACCAGCAUCUCCUGAUAAUAAAUCUUUCUUUGCUUUCAGUGCAGUUGUGCCCACAUGAGUUCUUCCUGGAGAAGAUGCCCCGCUAGAGAGAGUUUCCUUGUUUGGAAGUAGCAAAGAAAUCUUACUUUUUGUUUGUUUCAGAUUCUGCAAAGUUUUUGCAGCACUGCAACAGGCCUCAGUGAGUUUCCUGUUGCCUGAGAAGAAGUGAUACUGUUGGAUUCUGGCAGCGUGGAAGCAUCUAUGUCGAGACUUUUUAAAACAAUUUCCAGCAGCACAGAGUCUGUUUAAGAAAAAGAAAGCAAUGUUUUUUCCCUAAUUCUGCUUGUUUAUUGUGAGUAGCUCUUGGCAGGUAACAUUUCACAUUAGAGUGAAACUCAACCAAGUGUCUUAAAAGGAAUAAGAAACAAACUUUAUUUAAAGACCAGCUUUUUUUUUGUUUUUUAAGAAGUCAGAUCAUGUGUGGCAGGAAACUAGAAAAUCAGGUGUUUUCUUCUUGGAUUUGAUUUGUGGUGAUGAUCAGAUCGUACUCUCCAUACCUGUUUCCCUGUCUCUAAAAUGAGACUAAUAGUACUUACCUAUCUCACAAGGGUGUUGUGAGGAUUCAUUAGUCAAGGUUUUGUAAAAUUCUUUGAAGCCUUAAGGCAGUGCGUGCUAACUAUUACUGUUGUUAUUAAAAAUGUGUUACUGUCUUGACUUCCUUGCAUAUCUGUGGGGUUAGACCUUAGUUAAAAUACGACUAUAAAAAUAAAUACCCCUUUCUUUAAAGUCAGUUUUGAUGAUUUUGACUGCAUGAGGUGAACUGUAUUUCUGAAUGAGACUGUGCUCAUCUUCUGUAAACCUCUGUAAAGAAGUUUCAAUGUGACCCUUGCCAUAUUUCACUCUAUGUUAUAUAUUUCUUAAUAACUUUUGGACGGUAUCCUGGACUUGCUGUGUUUAGGGUGGAAAGUCUCCACUAUCAGACAGUUCAAGAAAUUUCAGAGUGAAAACCAGCCCUGUAGCAGAGCCUGCUUGAGAUAAAGAGGAGCCGUGCAGAAAUGGUGUGUUUAUGCUAUCCGGGAGGAGCUGCAGCAGGUGAAAGGAGUCAAAGAUUCACGAUAAAUAAUUCUUAAUGCAGAACUACAAAUCAGACCAUUCUCAUUAUAAGGGAAAUUUUAUGCCUUUCCUUUGCCCUUGGCAGGUCUUAACAAAAAUAGAUCUGUCCAGAUGUGUCCUAUCUCUGUGCUCAUUCGCAUAGCUGAUGGUAAUCUCAGCGAGACCCUUUUGUCUACAGUGGCAGCCUGGGUAGAACUGUAUUUCUUCAAAGCAUUUUGAGCAUGUGCUCAGGUAAUGCUAUUUCCUCUCUCUGCUGACUUCAGGCAGCGAGAGCUCAUUGUGUGGCUCAGAAAACCCCUUUCAGCAGUCAGGAGUACCAAAUGUCCAUCUCACUUCUUAGCCGUUUCAUUUUUCUCCCUUGGUUCUGAUGCAUGAACAGCUGAUAAAGCUGUCAUUCCUUACAGGGACCUAAGACCUGUGGCCAGGGCUGUUGUCAUUUCUGUUUACUGAGUAAAGAAAAUUAUUUUGAGAUAGGAAUUGGACUAGAGGUCCCUUGAUGUUGAGUAAUGCAGUAUCUCAGAAGACCUUUUCCUUUUCAAAUUAAUUCAGAAAUAGGAGUUUGCAAGGAAAGCUUUCCCGCACAAUAUAAACUAAAAUUCCUCAUUGCUGUUUGUAAGAUAUCCUUGAGUGAUUUUAAAUCAACUUGAAAGAAGAGAGAAAUGGUAUAUUUAUUGUGUAGAAAUAGAUUAUUUUUGUAGAUGAUUGUGCUUUAAAAUUUUCUGCCUUUUAAUAGAAUGUUUGCUUUUACUAUUCAGUAGGUUUUGCGUAUGGUUACCACGGGCACUUGCUGGGCUUUGUUGGUUUAUGAACUAGCAGGGGACCUACUGGGAGAAUCAGAAUACACAAACAUCUGUUUCCUCCUUGUACAGUUGAUUGGACCAUGGAAUGUACGAUGAUCAGACAAAGGCAGUCUACAGCUUAAAACUCUGUAUGCGUCUUGAUUGCUGAUUGUUACAUUUGGUAUAAAUCUGCUCUUUUACCAGA